AUGAUAAGUUCUAUUGCAUCAUUCAAACUUCAAGUAGUAUCUUUAAUAGUUGAUAUUGAAAAGAAAAGGUUUCUAAGAUUUACGAACACUGAAUAUCAAUUGGAAAAACACCAUCCCUAUGUUUUCAAGCCACAGAAGUAUACAGCAGAAAUUCAAUCAGUGGUAUCAGGCUUUGAAAUCCAUUUUGGAGAUUUCAAUAAAAUUGAAAAGUUCGUCGAAUUUAUCAAUUAUCCAUUUAAUGAUACUAUUCAUGACACCUUUGAAAUAUUCAAUCAAUUUGCAGAGAUAUUCCAAAUGGACCAACUAUUCUUGAAAAUGAAACAAUUGCUAUGCCCUGCGAUGUAUUUUUGA